AGUGGCGGCGGAUUAUGACUCUACGCAGCACUAGGAUGAAAACAUGAAUAGCGACUUUGCGAACGGUGAUCUUUCGGCAUCAGCAUCGGUGUGUUGUUGCAGUCGCUUUGGGCUGAGCGGGGCCCAUUGCUUCGAUUGGGAAGCGGCUCUCCAUCCUUCAUCCUCCCCUCCUUUCUCCUUCCUCCUCUCUUCCUCCGCUUAUACCCAUACCCCCGACCCUUCACUUCACACCUCGGGUCCAUCGCGGCAACGGGGAAUUCAAAUUCGAGAAAGAACACAUUGACGCGCCGACAAUGCAGCGCGCAUUCAUCUCGGAGCUGGUUCGGCGGAACCAAUACAACCUCCGCACGCUGCGGCAGGCCCCGCUCGCCGAGAUCUCGGGCGCUCUCGGCGAUCUGGGAACUCUGCUCCCGCUCAUGAUCGCCCUCGCCCUGCAAGGCUCUAUUGACCUGCCGUCGACGCUGAUAUUCUCUGGCCUCUUCAACAUGGUCACGGGCGCUGUCUUUGCCAUUCCGCUCCCUGUACAGCCCAUGAAGGCCAUAGCAGCAUCCGCCAUCUCGACACACCUCUCUCUUCGGACAACGACGGCGGCGGGCGCGCUCGUCUCCGUCGCCGUCCUCGUCCUCAGCAUCAGCGGCGCCCUCCGCCUGCUCACCGCCCGCAUACCCGUCCCCGUCGUCAAGGGCAUCCAGCUGGGCGCGGCCCUGCGCCUGGUCACCUCGGGCGCCUCCCUGAUCCUCCCACUCCCCUGGCUCGCGCCGGCCGCCCCGCUCGACAGCCGCCUCGCCGUCCUCGCCGCCUUCCUCCUCCUCUUCCUCACCCAGCGCGCCCCGCGCUUCCCUUACGCCCUGAUCCUCUUCCUCUUCGGCCUGCUCGCCGCCCUCUCUGCUGCCGAGCCGCCCGCCGCACUGGUUUCCACUCACCACCAGCAGGACCAGCACCAGCAGGACCGGCACCAGCACCCCGGCCCGCUGCGCUUCUACCUCCCGGGCUUUGCCUCCCCCGCGGCGUGGACGGCCGCCCUGUCGCAGCUCCCGCUGACGACGCUCAACUCGGUCGUGGCGGUCUCGGCGCUCGCCGCCGACCUCGUCGCCGCGUCAUCAUCGACCACCGGAACACCGCGAACGCCGCCGCCGCCGGCGGGCGUGACGGCGCUCGGGCUGUCGGUCGCGGCCAUGAACCUGGUCGGGUGCUGGGCCGGCGCCAUGCCCGUGUGCCACGGCGCGGGCGGGCUGGCGGCGCAGGUCCGGUUCGGCGCCCGCAGCGGCGCGAGCGUCGUCCUGCUUGGGCUCGCCAAGCUCGCGCUCGGCCUGGUGGCUGCCCUCUCCGGUCCCUCUUCUUCUUCUUCUUCUUCUUCUUCUUCUUCUUCUUCUUCUUCUUCUUCUUCUUCGGCGGAGAGCGGCGUCGUCGGCGUGCUGCAGCGGUUUCCGAGGGGCGCGCUCGGAGUCAUGGUCGUCGCGGCCGGGCUGGAGCUGGGCAAGGUUGGGGCCGGGUUCGACCGGGUCUGGCGGGCGGGCGACGAGGACGGGGACGGGGCGGCGGCGGCGGCGGUGGUGGAAGAGAGGAGAGGGAAGGAGAGGGAGGAGAGAUGGAUGGUCAUGAUGGUCACGGCGGCGGGCACUCUGGCGUUCAAGAAUGACGCCGUUGGGUUCCUGGCGGGGUGCUGCUGUCAUGCCGCGUACAAGAUUGCCGACUGGACGGGGCGGAGGCGGGUUUGGGAGGUAGCAGGAGAGAGGAGGCCGUUGUUAUGGUAAAACACAAAGCGGCGGAACUUGUCAC